UGUGUUGCUCUCGUUGUACCAAACAAAGAAAUAACCGGAAGUGCUCGUGUUCAGCAGAAGAUGGUUCUGUAAAACAUUAAAAAAAAAUCCUGUGUAAACAUGGAUUCCGUGUUCUCACGCUUUGAAUCUUAUAACUUUGAGUCAGAUCCGCGUUUUGUGGACGGAAUAAAGACUCUGAAGAAAACCACCGACAAAAGUGGAGAAGAAAACCAGCUGCUCGACCUGAAACUCUUCUUUUAUAACAGGUUUGUUGAGCCAAUAGACCGAAGCAGCUACAGGAGGUGGAGUUCUGCUCCUCAUCCUCCAUCGACCAUCACCCCCGAGCACAAAGACCAGACCGGCCUCCAGAGUGAAGACCAAACCAGAGGAGCGUGCGUCGCCUCACAGCUGUCCUUCGCUGAGGUGAUGCGGUUGGUUCAGGAGGGAAAGGAAGUUCCAGGAGUCACAAAAGUGGACGUUCACGCCAGCAAUCAGAGCCCCACCCCUUCUCAAAUGGAGCGGCGGCAAAAGCCCUGGGAAACCGCGCCGUCUUAGAUUACUUUCCUCUCUAGCACUAGAUUUUCGUAUUAAAAGGAAAAGAAAAAAAAAAUGAAUUGUUUUGGGAAAAUUAAAAUCUUUGAUAAGCAGGUCAGGAAAAAAACGUAAAGCCUCGUCAGACAGGAAGUCAGAAUUAAUGCUGUCAAACUGGAAUAAAUCAACAAAAACACUCAACACUUUUUAUGGUGAAUCCCACAUUUUAUUUAUUUUGUUUUUCAUGUUUGUGCUCCCCGUUAAAAAUCGGCAUCCAUUAUUUACUUACAUCACUUCUGGGAGCAAAAAAAGACACACAUGAGCGAUGCAAAACGCCACAAAACAGUUCCAAUAGAGGCAUGUAAGCAAAAAACAACAACAACAAACAAACAAGUAAAUGUAGAUUUAGCACCUCAAAGUACAGCAUCACAGUGAAACAAUGCACAGACACUGGAACAUGCACGUUCUUACACACAGGAAACAGAGUAACGGCUUAUGAAGCAGCUCUGCUGUCAUUUUAUUCUGAAAGGAGACACAAAAAGAUCGUCCAGAAUGAUUUCCACACGUUUCUAAAAAUCCUGAAGGUUAAAUAAAAAAGUAUCUGUCUAAAAACAGUUCACAGACACGUAAAAGAUGGUAACAGCAACCUCAUUACUGCAAACUCAAGUUAACACUCAUCACACAUGAAAGAUUCCUGAUUUCUGCUGAUGUUUUCAUGAUUUUUAUGAAACAGAAGAUAUUUUUCUGUUGUUUGGAAUGUAUCUGUUUUAUGAAAUGAUAAAUCAAUGGUUAAAAAUAGUAUUAGUCCUGAUUAAAAUGUGACUUUUCUGGUUUAACAGCUCAGCUAACAUGAUUUUUUUAACACUGAUUUUUGAUGAUUGUAAAAGCAAAAUCCAAAUUUAUGAUUAAAAAAACAACAAUCUACAAUCACAGUCUGCAUGACAACCUACACAGAAAUGAUUUU